AUGGAGGCAGUUGGCAAGACAGCAAAUCCCUAUAUUUACGGAGCAGUCACUUUCACUCUGAUAUUCUUAGCGACAAUGCUCUAUGCUCUUUUCAAAACUUUUUCAAUCAUGAAGAAGCUGACCAUCAUCAGCAAGCUUAUGGUGAGAGCAUAGCAAGAAAAAGACUAAGAUCAUAUGAGGUUUAUUCAUAAAUAAAAAACAUUCAGGAAAUAAUCUGAUGGUGAGGUAUUUAAGGACUUGAAGGAGAAAAUACUAAAUAAUAAGUUUUCUUAUGAAGUCAUCAUUGAGGAAAAUUUCACCUUUUGUUAAAGAUUCAAAUACUACUCAUUGAAAUAUAAUCCAUUCACUUAUUGGAUACUGAAGCAAAAGCAAAGACCAUAUGUUAAAAAAUAUACAAUAACCUUGAGAUUCUAGAAUAUAACACACUUCCUGUCAAUAGAAAAUUAUACAGCAGUCGUAUUACUUGCUAUGAUUUUUAGCUAGAUAUGCACUAUCAGCAUUAAUCUGCUGCUUACUAAAUUACAGCAAAAGCAAAAAUGUAAAUAUAUUAAGAAAGCCUUUGAUAAUCCCUUUGAAAAGGAAGUUGAUUAUGCUGAGACCAAGUUAACAGCUGAGGAAUAAAAAAUGAAAAGCAGUAAAAUGAUGGAUUAGCUAUCUCUUAAACUCAACCUAAAUUUCUUAUAGUAAAUAAAUCAGACAAAUACGAAUAACAACUACACAUCAGAGUAAAUGUUCUCAACUCAAAAUGAAACUGAGUAAUGCUAGACCUAUAAUACCAUGACUGAUCUAAACUCAGCAAGGACUAUGCUGAAUAAGGAUGAUAGGUUUGCCAGAUCUCUUGCUCGAACUACUAAGGACUUAGAACUAGUGAGGCGUAAAACCGGCUUUUACAAGAUCAGUCACAGGCAACUUGAAGAGGAAAUUAAUGUUUAAUGCGGAAGAUUUAACAUUUACACAAUCAUCAUUAUAUAGCUAGUUUUGCAGUUCCUAUUUAGUGGUAUUGUCUGUGUAAUAUUUGUGAGUUUUACUAAGGAGUAAAUGAUGUAUGUGUUUGCCACUUUCAUGCUAGCAGUAGUGUCUGAGAUUCUGUUUCUCAGAUAAAUGUUCAUUCUAGCCUUUUGCAUUUAUGGCCAUUUCAGAAACCGCUAGAUAAAGAUAUUUAGAGUUGAGGAUUACAAGCUGUAUCCUUAUUACUAUAGGAUAAUUAAAAAAUACUCCAAAUUAAAGCAAAAGAUCAACAUUACUGAGUAUGAGGAGUCUGACAGUUUUAACACUUACUAGAUAGAAGAACGCAGACCUGAGUCAGAAUAAGUGUCUAAGUCUAUAAGCAAAACAGAGGAGGUAGAUAUUGUAUCUUAUGCUGUUCAUGAAGAUGGUAGUAGGCUGUCUAUUGGUCACACUGAUGAAGCUGGCAUGGAUCAUGGGCUUGACUAAAGUGAAUUAUAUGAGAAUCCCUAUGAUUUUUUCUACUUAAAUGAAAAAAUUAAUUAAUCUGAAACAGAUUAGAGUGAACGUUAAGAGCAAGAAUUUGAAUUUUAAGAAGACGAGGCUAUUCAUAAAAGUAAUAUCUAAGAUGACUUAGUUGAUGGAGGUGAGGUAUCUGAUUUGGAAAAUAAUAUGGCUUCUAACUUCAUUUAAACUGAUCUUUAUAAAAGAGUGCCUAUGAAAAACUAUCAUCACAAAUCAAAGGAGUCUCUGGAAAGACUUUUUAGAAUUUAGCCCAUCGAGUACAGUACAAAUAUAAGGCAAAAUUUGAAGUAAAAUAGCAAGAUUCACACUGAGCUAUCAAUUUCAGCCUUGUCUACUAAUAUGCAUAGAAUUGGUACAACUACUCAAAAUGAUGAAUGGAUAGUGUAAAGUUAGGAAAGGAUUUCUGAAAAGGAGGAAAAUGAUGAUGACUAUUUGCACUUGGAAAAGAAGGGCAGAAUGAAUACUACCAAAGAUAUAAGAAAACAAAAUCACUUCAAAGAGAACAUCAGGUAAACAAACAUUGUAUCAUAACCAAGAGUUGGACAUUGCCAGUUCUGGCAUCAUAGGAGAAGAAGAUCUUAAGAUUUAGGUUUAGAAAUUGAGUAUGAGUAGCCCAAGAAGCCCAAAAUUAGGAAUAAAAGUACUGAUACUUCUAAAUUUGAGAAUAAUCUAUUUGGAAUGAUCAGUGGAAACUCUGUUUUAAGUAGCAAAAGGCGGCUUCCAAAUGAGUCUAUUUCAAUUUAAAGUGAAUAUGAGAUCAUUGAUAAAGUUAUCAAAGGAAAGAAAACGCCUUAUGGGCAGGCUGAAAUAGUUAUCAGGCAGGUAGUCAAGAAAAAGAAGGUUCCCCAAAUUGAGAAUGUUACAUCCCCGUAUCGCAGCAAAAUAUUCGGUAAUAAUGCGUCAAUAACUGAGGAAUCUAAUUCGUUUGAUAGAGACUUUGGAUUUCAUGUGGAUUUGUUCAAUUUGGAGUUUAACAAUGUCCCAAGCAAGAUCAAUAAAUCUCUCUCUUACUCUGAAACUGAGAACCCAUUCGCUCAAACUAACAAGAAUAUGAAUACCUAUCAUAAUACGAGGCGUAUGUUCUCAAGAUCAUUUGAUCACACUUAGAAGAAGAAACUGAGAUAAAGUGUCCAGAAAAAAAUCCUGGAGAACUUUGACAACAACUCUUCGCCUGAAGUUGACAAGAAUAUUAUGAUGUUCAAAGAUAGUUUGAUCGAGCCUCAAUUUGACAAUCAAGACAAUGAUAAUGAUUUCAUCCUGGCUUCAUCUAUCCACAACAUUUAGCAAAGAGAAAAGGGGAGACUUGAAUGGAAUAGGGAGAGAAAGUAGAAAUAUGUGUAUGGGCAAUCUAUUAAAACAGCAACAAUGGACAGGAGAGAGACUAAUAGACUUUAAUCGAUGAGUCAAACUAGAUUGCCGUUGCAGAUCCCUAAUUUAUUUGGAGCAUUCCAGUCACCUUAUGAGGAAAAUCUACCGAAAACUUUGCUUAAGCAAUAAGCAUAGUAACAAUAACAACUAUUUACAAAUGGACCUCGUAAAACUGGAAGGAAAAUCUGA